AAAUUUUAGUCUAUGCGUAAUGUCAUACGUAUACAUUAUGAGAAAGAUAUAAAUUCGAAAUUUCCUAUAAAUGUUUACUAAAAACAAGUGACAUUAUUAUAUGUCUAUUUCAACAGAAGCUAUGGCUCUCACAGUGGACAAAUUAAUCAACAACGACAGGUUCUGCGGUGACAAUAUUUUCCAGUUUUUGUUAUUUUUACCAUUUGGUAUAAUACUGCUGGUGAUUAGGAUAUUGUUGGCACUUAUCUUGUGGAUAGCAUCAAUAAUAUUGCCAAAUAAAUCUGGAGUGAGGCAACUACUCUCUACACUCGCAUGUUGGACAUUUGGAGUGUAUGUCAAGCAGAAGGGCAUUAGGGACCCGCAUUGUAGUGUGCUGGUCGCCAAUUAUGUCUCUUGUCUGGACUCGCUUGCCGCCUCGCAUGUUCUGGGCACAAUUAGUUUGAGAAAAUGGAAAGUACCACCGUUUUUUGCAUCUACAUUGGGCAUAAGGAAUGCGGCACAGUUUGUCAGAAAAAGACAUUUUGCAGACUCACCCAGUAAGCCUAUAUUGCUGCAGCCAGAGGGUGGGCCCACUAAUGGAAAGGGACUCCUCAAGUUCACAGACUGGCCAUUCCAGAUCGGGAAUAGAGUACAGCCUGUUACCAUCACGGUGGAGCGAAUGUACACGGCGGUGACGGUGGCGAAUGGCGGAGGCGAGCGGUUCCCCUGGGCGGAUGCGUUGUGGUUCCUAUGUUCGCCCGUCACCGUGUACCACGUACGACUGCUGCCGCCGCUCGAACGGGGCGACGACGACCACGCCACCUACGGGCGGCGGCUGCGCGACUCCAUCGCAGCCGAUCUCGGGGUGGAAACGACCGAAUUUAGCUGGGGCGAGUUGAAUGAGGCUGCGCGUAAGAGUGACUUCUCGAGUCGGAGGAGCGCUCCUUUUUCGCGAGGAGGAGCGGCGGCGGCGGCGGCGGGAGCGGCGGGGGAGGCGGCGGCGGCGGCGCGGCGGCUCGCGCACCAGGUCAAGGAGGUGCUGCCCGCCGUGCCGCUCGCGGAUAUCCUGCGGGAUUUGGCAACAACCCGCAACGUGGAUGUCACCAUCACCAACUUCUUGGAGGGCGUCACACCGUACCAGCCCGAGGUAGUUCCCUCCCCCUCGACGUUGUCCGCACCUACCCCCUCCACAUCAUCCUGUCCCGGCCCCUCCACUUCAUCCUCUCCAGGCCCCUCCACUUCAUCCGCUGCAUCCCCGCCCGCUCCGCGGUACGUGACGCCCACACCAACGGGUGUCUUCGCCAAGAAUGCCAAAGAUCGACAGCUCAGUUUCCAAGAGAGGAAAGCGCAGAUGAUCGCCGAAGCUCGUCAGAGAUAUAUAGAGAAGCACGGCUUGAACUUCGCAUGAGCCGCCUCGACUCUUAUACUGUGGAUGAUAAUUAUUUUUAUAUGAUUGUUUUACGAAGCAGUAAGUACGUGUAUAGGUAUUUUCACAUCUAGAGCUAUUUUUCUCAAACCCAAUAUAAUACAGGGCAAAGGAACACAAUUUGCAGUCUUAAUUAAAAAAAAAAUAAAAGAAAACUUACGAUUUAUUAUUUAUUAUUUCUUCAUUCAAUUUUAUCUAAAGAUUUUUAAAUUAUAUUUUUUUUUAAUAUUUUUGUGUUAAGAAGUUUUACUAUUGAAAGAAAAUAUUUGGUUACUAAAUUGUGAGAAAUUAAAAGUGAUAUUGGCUGGUUUAUUGUGUCCUUAGGUAUUAUUAUUAUUAUGAUUGUUAAAACAUACUAAAAUGUUUAAUAAUAAAUAAAAUCAAGUAAAAUUGGCAGUUCCGUCUCGACCAAAUGUGAAUAUACUUAUUUCAUUUACUCAUGUAUAUUUUUAUAGUACAUCGAGAUAGUGUCAAAUUGAACAUAGCGUAGUGACAAGAGUGGGUCACUUAUUUGACUAUGAAAAUUAAUCCAUCCCUCGCAAGGAAGGUUAGCUUACAUUGUAUAUAACACGAUAUAUCAAUAUUUAUUGGAAAAUUAAUGAAUAAAUGUAAAAAAAAAAAAAAUACAAAAGUAUAACACCAAUUUCACAUAUAUUGUAUUGUACCUUCAUAGGUACUUCAAAGGGUGUUACUAUUGUAAUCUUUUGGAGGAAACAAUAAAGAGUAUCUAUCUAUCUAUUAAGGCUGGUUAUAAAAGAAAUAUUUGGUAAAUUUAGUUUUCCCUAAAAGAAGGAAUGAUGCAUCGCGUAGAUUUCUAAUUACCCUCGCGGAUUGAAAUUCUAGCGCCAGCAGCACCUAGUUCUAGGGUGGGCAAGGCCGGGGAAUAGGCCGUGCCCUCCACUAAAUACAUCAAUGACUUUGUUACUCUGGGAAUGCAGUUCCGUUUCAUGAUUACUGGGCUAGUUCAUCCUUUUUGCGUUAUAUAUUUUUAUAUAUUACAAUAUACUUUUAUCUUGUAUUUACCUUUUUAAGAGUAUAUUUAUUUUUGAGUGAUUUGGCAUUACAUAAGAAAAUAGAUGUCCGGCGCUUAAGGACUAAUUUAUUAUAACGAGAUUAGAAAUAUCGUAUGGUUAGACAAUAUUAUGGUAUAUAUUUUUUUUAUAACAUCGGCUUUUUACUCAAAGCUCGACUAGUUUCAGUUCUUCAGUGCUCUGUUGACGGUUUAAAUUCGGUUAAUGACGGUUAAAUUAUAUAUAAAAAAUAAUACGUCAAUUUCGAGGCUUGUAUAGGCGAGACGCUAUGACGUAUAUAUAUAUAUAUAUAUAUAUAUAUAUAUAUAUAUAUAUAUAUAUAUAUAUAUAUAUAUAUAUAUAUAUAUAUAUAUAUAUAUAUAUAUAUAUAUAUAUAUAUAGACAUCUUUGGGAAAAUACUCUAGUGUAAAAUGUUUGUAAAUAUUAACGUAAAAGCUACGCUGAUGUAAACCUUAAAAUUUUUGUAUAAACAAACCGACUAGAAAUGAUAAUUUUACAUUCAUAUAUUCAUUAUAUAAGAACUAUAAAUGUGUUUAUUUUUAAUUAAUUUAAUUCUUUUUAAUCGUUUAAUUGUGUAUCUUUUAUAAUUGUAAAUUGUGUAUCUCCCAUAAACAUUUGCUGUUUUUGUUAAUAUAAAUUUACUUUAGUAAUUGUAAGUCAUGGAGAAGUUUCUUUUUUGUUUUUAAUAUUAAAAGUAUACUAACAACUAUAAAAGCAAUCAAAGUAUUGCUCCAUUAGUUUUGUAUAAUAAUGUUUUCGUAAUAUAUCUAGUCUUCAAGAGGCAUGCGCAAACGAAAUAUUACCCAAAUAUUGGAGUUAAAGAGAUAUAUUAGUUUAAUUAAACUUACUGUGUGCGGUUUUGUAAAUUUCUUGAUUGUAAUACGAAAGAGGAUUUUUAAUUAUAGUAUUAACAAUAAUUUAUGAUUGCAGUUCUUCUAAAUACUUACUAAAUAGAACAAGAUCUUUAUAAGUGGGGAAAAAAAAUCAAAUGAAUUUUUUUUUAUUGUCAAUUUAUGUAGUUUGCGGUAACUUUGCGGUAGGGUGAACCCUUAAUAACGAGCAGAUCCUGAAUUCUAAUCUGCUUUUCCCAUGAACAUGCCUCAACUUCGUGCGUAGAAGUUUGUGUCAAAAAUUUAAAAUUAUGUUUCAUAGCAGACUUUAAUUUGUGGGUGUAAAUACCGAUUUACUUGACAAGUUUGCAAUAAUCUAUGUUUUUAUCCAAUAAGCACACAUACUAUAAAGUAAAAUGGUACUGUACAGACAAAUCGGGGAGUAACCUAAGUAGCACUGUAGUCUAAGGAACAAUCAGAGGGCUAACACUUCUAGUAUGUCUCAAACAUAUAUGAUAAUUUGGUAUACCUUGCUCUGUCUAUACAUGCCCGUUGGAUGACUAGUUUGGAAAACUUCUUUAGACUAUGGUAGCGCUUUGAAAAGAGAUUGGAGUCGACUGUGAAGUGUCUAUUCUCUAUACUUGUCGUUUAAACUAAUAUAAUAAUUUUAAAAUUAAAUUUAUUAGAAAAUUGUUUCAUAUUGGUUUUUAUAAUCAAGAUUUCGUUGGGAUAUCAAAUUGGAAUUUUAAUAUUAAAGAUAGAGAUAUGACGCUUCAGAAUAGACACCAUUGUACGUAUGUUGCAUAUAACAUGCACAUUAUCUCAAUUGUGGUCAACGAAUAAAGCGUUUGAUCUAGAUUGAAAGUACCCUCAGAAAUGGAACCAAGAUAUGAAGUUAGUGUAACAAUUUAAAUAACUUGAAAUAUUUAGAUCUCAUCGAAGAGUUUAGAUAACAUAAGUCAAUAUGUAAUAUCGAUUGAGAACGAACUUAAUAUAAAUUGUAAAUAUGUUACUAAGAACACAAUAAAGUGGUUAGACAGACCAAAAUACCACUAUAGCUAACUGCAUUAGUAGUGAUGUUUAUAUUUCUUCUGUUAAGUCUGGUUAUGUAUUUGAAUCGGUACUUUUUUAUUUUUUUGUCCAAUUGACUAUACGAAAUUAUUUUGUUUAAAAAAAGAAUGUACACUAAAAUCUGACGAUAUAAAAACAAUAUAUGACGCCAAUUAGUUUACGUUCAGUCACUGACUCAAACAUAAAAGUCUGACUUUAGUGUAUUACAGUAAAAGAAUACUUAAUUUUUAGCACUAAUGAGAGCUAAUCGAAAUUUUUAAAAUCUUGAAAUUUUGUUACUGUAGACCAUAGGUUCUCGAAGAAAUAAUACCGCCCCCCCCCCCCACCCAAUAUUUUAGUAGGCGUAUGUCAUGUCGUUUCUAUGCUUUAUUAAAUAGCUAUUAUAAAUUUUGACACAUAUAUAUAUAUAUAUCGAAAUUAUAUAUUUCGGUUUUUUACUGGCGACCAAAAGAAUUGAAUAUUAGAGUCAGUAAAUAUUUAAAAGAUAUAACGUCAUUAUGAUAACUUUAUCAUGUGAGCGAGAGAUCGAAUCGCACACCAUGAUGUUAUCUUGUCCCAUUGCUAGCAAUGCACCCUGGCAGGUCGACCUCCACGUAGUCCCCCUUGGAAACCAUCGUGCUGAAUUCCAAGUGUAUUCAUCACGAUGGGCUGAUUUGCCUUUCUUACCUAUCAUCCCUGACUGGUACCCCGCCAGCGUAUACCGAUAGCGCAGGCGAGGUUACCAUUCCAUUAUCAUCCAUUAAAAAUGACGUUAUCCGGGUACUGUGUUGAGUGUAUGUGAAAGAUAACGAGUCGCGCCGUUUUGCAUUGCGACACCGCAGUUCUUACAGGACGCAAUAGACUCUCAGAUAAAUUACUAAUAUCCAAUAUUUUUGUUGUCUAUUAUCUUCCAUAGCAGGACCAUAGACAAUUGGCGCGUAACGAUUUUUUUCAGGGGGGCGGUGGUCCAGAGAAGUUGGGAACUAGUGUUUUAGAUGUAUGUACGUACGGCCGAUGUUGUGAAUGUAUAGUGAUAUUGCCAAACGGCUUUCUGUACAUAGCUGUUCAGUUAAGUUUGUCAUUACUUGAUGAGGAUCAUUAAUAAAGUCUUGUUUGAAACUA